GACUGCGCCGCUCGUGUCGGCCCGUUUCGGCUCAUUUCGGCCCGUUUCGGGUAGUUUCGGCCCGUUUCGGCCCGUUUCAGCCCCUGGGGGCCAGCAGCAGCUCCCCGGUCCGAGGGGCAGAGCCGCUCCCCGGCAGCGCCGCCGGGCUCGGGGCGAGCGGAGCCGCGGCUGCGAACCCCGCGGGCACCGGGCUCCGAACGAGAGCUUUUCUUCUCGGCACACGCCGGAAUAGAAGCGCGCUGGGCUUCUUUCCACGGGACAGCACCACCCCGGGGCUCGGUGCGCGUUUCUGUGAGUUUUCCCCCGGCCGCGGGAGUUUAUUCGGAGUUAAAUGAAGAUACCGAAGGGUGAAGCAGGAAAACAACACCUGGAGGGUCUGGAAGGAUAUUUUGCCAUCACUGGAGGAAUGGACCUUUUGAACCUGCAUGGAAAAUGCCCUUUUUGAUGCCAAAACUCGCGCAGGAAAACUUAUGAUUGGAAUCCGACAGGAGCUGGGCUUCAGCUGGGCUUUCACCCGUGCACAGACCAUGGAGAGCUUGGUGUCUCUGCUCUGCUGCCAUUAUUCUUUGCUGAUUUUAUUUCAGCAGAAAUAUCAGGUGUACGGAAACCAUUCCCAGCUCCCCAAACACCCAGGGUUCAAAGUCCUGGCGUCAGCCUCCCAUUACUGGCCACUGGAGGAUGUGGAUGGAAUUCACGAGUUCCGGGACACGAAUGGAGCUCUAAGAAUCCACAACUUCACUGUGCUUCCUUCCCAUAACUCUACCUUUGUAAAUACCAAUGACUCUGCCUACUCUAACUUCUCUGCAACUGUAGAUAUUGUAGAAGGGAUGGUGAACAAAGGAAUUUACGUCACUGAAAAGAAAGGAGUCACCUUUCUCUUCUUUGGGAGCUACCGAAAUUCCUGCAUCAGUAAUCCAGAGGCUUGUGGGCCCGAAGGGGUAACGUUUUCCUUCUUCUGGAAGACCCAAGACCAGCAGGCCAAGCUUCUCCCUGCCUCUGGUGGCCGAGUCAUUUCCAGCGGUUUCAAAAUCUGCUCAAACGAAGGGGAAGGCUCCGUGGAGUUCUACACCCGUGGGAGUGCCAUGAUGAAGUGGAAAGCAAGCUUCAGUCCACCAGGUCCCUACUGGACGCACGUGCUGUUCACCUGGCGCUCGAGGGAAGGCCUGAAGGUGUAUGUGAACGGCACGCUGAGCACCACGGACCCGCAGGGGAAGGUGUUCUACGACUAUGGGGACGCCAGCACGGAGCUGCUGGCGGGCACGGAGGGCUCGGCGCGGCGCUCGGUCAGCGGCGCCUUCGACGAGUUCAUCAUCUGGGAGAGGGCACUGAGCCCCCGCGAGGUGCAGCAGUACUUCAGGGCUGCCGUGGGUGUGCAAGUUCUGCUCUCUUCCACCCUUCCCUGGUCUCUGAUGACAACCACCACCCAGCCCGUGCUCCCCACCGACGCCUACCAGCCCAUCAUCGCGGCGCUGAGCCAGGACAGAGGCAGCUCCCCCUCGGCCAGCUCCCUGCUGGGGCUCCUGCAGAACGUGUCCCUGAGCCUGCCCAACGAAUCCCUGUCCCAGCACACUGCCCUGAGCCUGGCCCAGGCGUUUUUAAAAGCGAUUGAAGACUUCCUGUUGCUGUCUGACUGGAUUGAUGGCCCGGAGAGCCCCGCCGUGCUCAGCAGCCUGAUCCACACCAUCGACACGGUGCUGGCUCACCUGUCGCUGCAGCUGGACGGGAGCUCGCUGCCUCUGACCCUCGAGGGCUCCUCGGCCGUGGCAGAUUAUGCUGUGGUCAAAAUGCAUCCUCAGAGCCUGAAUGUGUCCCACUAUCGAUUUCCAUCUCGAGGGCAGAGCUACAUUUCCAUUCCCAGUGAGGCUUUCCAUGGAAAAGCCUGGAUCACCAUCGUGGGCCUGCUGUACCACAACAUGCAUUACUUCUUCAAUAACAUCAACCCCCUGGACACCAGGAUUGCUGAAGCUGCUGCCUACAGAGGCUCCAUGAUCUCAGCCAGCAGUUAUCUCAUCUCCAUCAAGGUGGAGCCCCUGCCCCAGCUGUCCUCCAACCUGUCAGGCUCUCCUCUCAUCACCAUCCAGCUCAGCCACACCCUGACGUCCAGACAAUACAGCCAAGCACUAAAUAAAAGUAACAGAGUUCACCUUUACUGUGCAUUUCUGGAUUAUAGCAAUGGAACUGGAGUUUGGUCCAACGAGGGCUGUGUCCGGGAGAGGGGGGACCUGAACCACUCCGUGUGCCUCUGCAACCACCUCACCAACUUCGCCAUCCUGAUGCAAGUGGUGCCUCUGAAGCUGACGAGAGAACACCAGGUGGCCCUCUCCUCCAUCACUUACAUCGGCUGCGCUCUGUCCAUCCUCUGCCUGACGAUCACCCUGGUCACGUUCGCGGUGCUGUCGUCCGUCAGCACCAUCCGCAACCAGCGCUACCACAUCCACGCCAACCUGUCGAGCGCCGUGCUGCUGGGCCAGGCGCUGCUGCUGGCCAGCUUCCAGCUCAGCCCCGCAACCCUGCCUUGCAAGAUAUUGGCCAUUCUCCUUCAUUUUUUCUUCCUGAGUGCGUUUGCGUGGAUGCUGGUGGAAGGAUUUCAUCUUUACAGCAUGGUGAUCAAAGUAUUUGGGUCAGAAGAAAGCAAGCACUUAUAUUAUUAUGGAAUUGGAUGGGGCUGCCCACUGGUGAUCUGUGUCAUUUCUGCCACCUCGUCCCUGGACAGCUAUGGAGAGAGUGGCAACUGCUGGCUGUCCCUGGAGGACGGAGCAAUCUGGGCUUUUGUGGCGCCGGCGAUGUUCGUCAUUCUGGUCAACAUUGGCAUCCUCAUUGCUGUCACAAGAGUCAUCUCCAGAAUCAGUGCAGACAACUACAAGGUCCAUGGAGAUGCUAAUGCCUUCAAACUAACAGCUAAAGCCGUGGCAGUUCUCUUACCAAUCCUGGGCAGCUCGUGGAUCUUUGGCAUUUUGGCUGUCAAUGCCCACGCUUUAGUAUUUCAGUAUAUAUUUGCUGUUUUUAAUUCACUCCAGGGAUUUUUCAUGUUCCUGUUUCACUGUCUUCUGAACUCAGAGGUUAGAGCUGCCUUUAAGCACAAAACCAAGGUCUGGUCCCUCACCAGCAGUUCAACACGCAACGUCAAUGUGAAGCCCUUCAAUUCAGACAUUAUGACUGGGAACAGGCCAGGCACAACGCCCACGAAGCUGAACACCUGGGAUAAAAGCACCAACUCAGCAAACCGCAUUGAUUUGUCAGCAGUGUGACAGGAGCAGCAGCUCCUCAGAGGAAAUCAAGCCAUACAUCCAGGACCUCGACACCGUGUCCACCAGCUGUUUCUCACUGCCAGCAACAGUAGAAAACUGGGUUUUAAAUCACUGCCUAAUGAAUUGGGAAUUGCCUUAUUGUUUUGUUGAGUACAUAGCCCUCGUUGCUUGCCUUUAAAACUGUAACACAUUCUAGCACUUGGCUGUUAGCAAUUUCUGUAAAAAUGACCAGCACAAAUAUACACUGGAUGGUUUUGUCAGCAAUGAUGAAAACUCUAGGUAUGCAAGAAGGGCUUACUGCUCCCUGAAUCAUUCCAGCUCCCAGAACUGAGGGAAAGCAACAUACCUCUGAAAAGAUGGAUUUUUAUGCUUUAAAAUGAAAUGCUUCCUGUUGUGAUGCUGUAAUGAGACUGUUCCAGACUUGCUGUGCUCUCUCUGUUUACAUUUUUUACCUUACAGAAUUAUCAAAGUGAAGUUGAUUCAAAAUACAUAGCGUGGUGUUCAUGUAAAUGCUACAAGGCAGCCAGGAUGUGAGGCAGAAGCAGCUUCCAGCUACCCCAAAGUGGGGCAUUAGCAAAGCUGAUAAACACGAACAGCACCUGUGAGGUGUGAAUCUCCUGGAUGUGGCCUGUUAGUAUUUUAGCUCCUCCUGUUGCCAAGUUAUCAUCAGAGCCAAACUGGCUGUGGCCGUCCCAGAGCAGCCCACAGCAGCUCUGUUGCUGCUCUGUGGCUGCUGACACAUUGCCAUAGCAGUCAUUCAGUUAUUCCCCUGCUUUACCUGCAGCUCGGGGCUGCAGCCAGCAACUCUCCGUCGAGUGCAUUUUGCAAGCUCACUGUGGCUUCCAGAGACCAAGAGCUGCCACUGGGGCUUACCUUGCUCCUUUUCCUGGUCAUUUUGAGACACUGAACUCCUGCCACAAAGACGUAACGCGCUGAUCUACUGUGAACACAGCCAGCCUGCAGAUGAGUCUGUGUAUUGUUUCCUGCAGACAGCUUUUAAACAGGGCUCUGCAGGCUCUUUUGUGGCUUUAGACUCUGCUCAGCAUUUAGUACCUUCUGCUUUAGUACUGCCACGAAGCAUCUCUAAGGAGGAACAAAACACUGUGAUUUUUCUUCUGAGCAGUGUUUUGCAGGCUCUCAGAGUGGUGCUGGGAGCACGAGGCAGGGCGGUCCAGGUUUCACCCCCUGUACAGAGUUUAACCCCUGGCAGAGCCCUCGGGGGGCUCUGGGAUUUACUCAGCAUCCAGGGGCCCCAGGGUGGCUUUGCACCACAGCUCCCAUCCCUUGUGCAGCAGCCCUGCCUGCGGCUGCUCUGCAGAGAUCAGAAUUCAGUCUGACCCUGGGCUGCCAGAGCACUGCAGCAGGCAGGACGUGCACCUCUUCAGCCUCGCCUCUUGCUAAGGUGCUUUCUGUUGGGUUUUUUAACCUUAGUUAAACGCUUGUGUACUCAGCAGCUCAGACCAUUCCUGGUCCCACUGAAUGUGCUUUUUGUUUCCAAGAGGAAAGGCAUUUACACUCUAACGUGCAGAGUGGAAAUUUUCUAUUGUGUAGUAAAUUUAUCAAAAAUUAAAAUGAAAGUAAAUUGAUCUUUAGGAACAGGAAAUACCCACCAAUUAUGACUGAAUUUAGUCAAGUGUUUAAUCCAAAACACAUGGAAUUUAAAGUUUAGAAAAACUCAAUGCAUUUAAUUUCUAUUUGAUCCAAACCAAGUUUUCUCCCUGUUUCCUUCCUGCACUAAAAAAAUUUAUCUUUUUCAGCUUGGCCCAAUCUUUUCUGCCUUUCCCCCUUCCUAGCCAAGACCUGUUGGUGUGAUCCUCAGACUGGAAGCCCAGAGUCCACCCAAGCUUGUUGAGCUUACAGCUCAGAACAUUCUACAGAAAUGAUUUUGGUUGCACCAGAUCCGUGCUGGAUUUCUGCAGCUGGAACAGAGCAGAACUGCACAUCACACAUUUACAGGCUUGAAACCCACGGGCUUUAAUCUCCUGUUUCCUUGUGCUCAGUGACUCCAGUCGUUGACAGCUAACCCCAAACAGAGGGUCAGUAAAAGCUAAAUAUCUAGAUGGCUGUGUCUUUGUUUUGGCUUUUCUGUAGGGUUUUCUCCUAGCCUUUUCUGCACUGCUCUGUCUUACAGCUGUGCAAAUAUAUGGACUUUUCUUGGCCUGAAAUUUUUUUUUUCCCCCAAAAGACUCUGUAGACAGAGCCCUUGGAAUGUACAGAGGAGAUGGACGAGAGGAGUCCUGUGAUAACAGUGUGCAGAGUCUGUGUUGUGUGCAGACAAUGGAUUUAAGCAUAUUUUUUAUACUGGACCAUAUGAUUUCUUUUGGUUUUGGUUUGUUUCUUUGGUUUGUUUUUGUUUUUUUUACACUGUGACCACAAAUAUAGAUUGAAAUCCUCCUUGACCAUUAUAGCACAAAGUUCUGUGAAUGAAUUAUAGCACAAAGUUCUGUGAAUGAACCAGAAAACAUGUAAAAGCUUCUUUUUUUUUUUUUUUUAAUCUUAAUUUUUAAGAGUAUUCCCCUCUGCACAAUUUUCAUUACCCGCCUUUCCUCCUGUGCUGUAUUGGUCAUUUUGUGACUGCCCAAGGUCCAUUGGGAAAAAUCCCCACACAGGAGACCCAGCAGUGACCCUGCAAAGUGGCAGUGCUACAAAGGGCUGCAGCAGUUUUUCAUCCCGGUGUGCUCUGGCUCAAAAUGAAAACUAAGACAAGGAUGGAAACGUGUUUGGUUUGUACUUCUGUUGUGAGGUUCCCCACCCUGAUCUCCUGGGGUCCCCUGAGGGUGCAGGGUGCUCCUGCCCUGCUGAACGGGGCUGGGGUGGAGCAGGUUUGUCCUGCUCAUGGCCCACGAGGUUUGGAGCGCUGAAUUUAGCACACUGCCUUGGGGAUGGGGCUUCUUCUGGUUUUGGUAAACUGGUGAAAAUCCCCACAAAGUGCAAAUGUGUUCCGUUGCCAUCGGUAUCCAUUCUUCCUGUUGGAUUCAAAGUGUUUUUCUUGGUACUGAAUGCAGCAAAUGUACUGAAUAAGAAAUGCUCAAAUGAAUCUUUAAACAAUCUCUUUCUGUCCUCAGUCUCUUGAAGCUUGAAAAUCUUGCAGUUUAUUUAUGGGCUUGUAUAUAGCAGCUAUUACAAUUUUUUUUUUUUUUUUGGACAGCAUCAUUUUGUCAACAGUAUGAAAUCUUAAUUGAAUGAAAUGUGAGUUUUAAAAAUAGGUAAUGUAGCAAGAAUGACUUUGCCAGUAAUUAGUAAAAUAAUUUAGUUUUGUUGUUUUUUCCCCCCUCAAAUAAAUAAGAAAUCUUAAUUUCCUAAAA